AUGGAACCUAAAAAUCAAACAAAACAACCUAAUAUCCUAUUGAUGAAGUUGCCUCGUCCUGCUUCAGAUUCUGGGGUAGGAGAGGCGGAGGUUAUAGGGCGCAAGGCCGACCAUGUAGAUGUUAUGCAGGAAAGCGUGAGCUUGAAACCCACGGUGAUGGAGGCCGAAUUUGCUCGGCCGCUCGAAAUACCUAUCGACUCAGAGUCGAGCGAGAGUGGCUCGUCAAUGCGGAGUAAGAGGUUCUGGAGGAGACACUCUCAGCGCAUUGAAAGCAACUGCUCGCUCCUCACCAGCGAUACAGACGAGCCAGCGUCCAAAGCGCAGGCGACCGACGGUCGCGGAAGAGGCCGUCCGCCCUCAGUAAGCAAAUACGUCGGCCUAAAAAAGGCUCAGAUGGAGCGCGAUAAGUUAAAGCGCGAGGAGGCUCGCCAAAAGGCGGAAAAGAAAUUGGCAGGAAAGCUCCGUUCCGGCAAAUCACCAGUGUCAUCCAAGGCCGUUGAGGUGAUCGAGAAUUUCAAGCGGACCUCACAGAAAGACCACGUGACCGAGACAACCUUAAUUGCCCGCCUUGAAGGCGAGGCGAAGAGAUGGCAGGAAAAUAGUGCCCGCUUGGAGGCAGCGAUGAAACAGCUGCAAGAGGAGAACGCCACCCUCCGUCGUCGUCUCGAGGAGGUAGAGGCGGCUGCGAGUAAGCAUCCAACGGAGGAGAUGCUGGAGCGGAUGGAGGCUAGAAUGCAGGCCAGGCUGGAAUCGGUGCUCGCAGGGCCGGCGCAAAGACCAUCUCUGGCCCAUGAGAGGCGCUCCGCCCCUGUGGACACCUCACUCCCCGUGCAGGAUGGAUAUGUCAACGGAGCACCCGCAUCCACUUUGACCAAAGGAAAAGGUAGGGGAAAAGGAAAAGGAGCUAUGCAGGCGGUUCGCUCAAUCCCUGCAGCCGAGUCUUCAAGUGCGUUAAUGCAGCCAAUUGCAGGCACCUCCAAAUCGUUAAACGUCACGGAGAAAAUUCCGGUGGGGAAAUCGGCCAACAGCCGAAUGUCCCAAAAGGGCAAAAAGAAAGGGGCGGCACACAUUAUGCAACUCGCCACAGAGCCGCGCCCGCUACCUCCAGCCCCUGCGUCGACCGAGACGCCGUGGACUGUGGUGGCCAGCAGGAAGUCAAGGAGAGUCAAACAGAAUGCGGCUUCAGUUGCAAAGUCUUUGCCGCAGCAACUACCGCGCCGAGCUGAACCAAAGCUGCGGUCACCACGUUCCGCGGCAGUGGUGAUUUCCCUUACGACGGCGGCUGUCCAAAAAGGCUUAACAUACGCUGGGGUCUUAACGAAUGCCCAGCGUCAGGUAAGCCUUGACGGGCUAGACAUAGAUCGACUUAGACCGAAAUAUGCAGCCACAGGUGCCAUGCUGUACGAGGUGCCCGGGGCUGAUUCUGAACGGAAGGCUGAUUCCCUCGCCAAGAGGCUGAGGGAAUAUUUUGGGGGGUCAGAGGACGUCAUAGUUUCCCGGCCCACCAAGUGUUCGGAGCUACGUGUUUCAGAGCUUGACCCCGCAGCAACUCCUGAAACAAUAGCAGCGGCUCUCUGCAGUGUCGGCGAGUGUGGCCCUGACUCGAUUAAAGUAGGUCAAAUUCGCCCCGCUAAAUCGGGCAUGGGCUCCGUAUGGGCCAAGGUGCCCACGAAGGCGGCCCUUAGAAUUAAGGCGGGCCGCUUGCAAAUCGGGUGGACGAUAGCCCGUGUGACCGUGCUCGAGACGCGACCGAUGCGUUGUUAUCGUUGCCUUGAGCACGGUCAUGUGCAAAACGUAUGUGACGGGCCCACAGACCGCAGCGAUCUUUGCUACCGCUGCGGUGAAUCGGGACAUAAAGCUCGGCAAUGCGAAGGUGCGAUCAAAUGCGCCCUAUGUGCCGCAGCUGGUAAGCCCGCCGGGCAUCAAAUGGGGGGGAAGGCAUGUCUUGCCUCUUCCCGGAAGACCCGGCGUCGCCCGCGCAGGAGACCGGCUGUCUCUGAAGCUACGGCCCAGUCGCAGUCAGCGAGCUCACCGCAAGAGGUCGAGAUGGAUGUAGCCGAAGAGAUUGCCCAAUAA